GUGGGAGCGGAGGCGGGAGCCGGAGUGGACCAGGGGUUGCGGCCGCUGCAGUUGUCCUGGCUGGUGCUGGGGCGGCGGAGCGGCGGGAGAGGGGUGGCGAGGCGGAAGACUGGGAGACCCCCUGAAGGACCAGCGAGACUCGGAGACCAGAGACCCGCCCCGGGAGACCUGGGACUCGGGGGGCGAGCGGAUUUCCUUGCGCUCUCUCGAAGCGCGCGCGGGGGUCGCCCCAUGGCAGGGACUCCGGGCCGCGAUCCAUGGGGGGCCCCUGGGAUUUGUUACCUUCUUGGCUCCCUGCUUGCCGGACUGCUCUUCCCAGGGGCUGUCGCCUUCAAUCUGGACGUGAUGGGCGCCCUGCGCAAGGAGGGCGAGCCAGGGAGCCUCUUCGGCUUCUCUGUGGCUCUGCAUCGCCAGUUGCAGCCCGGACCCCAGAGCUGGCUGCUGGUGGGCGCUCCCCAGGCUCUGGCCCUGCCUGGGCAGCAGGCAAAUCGCACUGGAGGCCUCUUCGCUUGCCCACUGAGCCUGGAAGAGACUGACUGCUACAGAGUGGACAUCGACCGGGGAGCUGACGUGCAGAAGGAGAGUAAGGAGAACCAGUGGUUGGGAGUCAGUGUUCGGAGCCAGGGACCUGGGGGCAAGAUUGUUACCUGUGCGCACCGAUACGAGGCGCGGCAGCGUGUGGACCAGAUCCUGGAGACGAGGGACGUGAUUGGUCGCUGCUUUGUGCUAAGCCAGGACCUGGCCAUCCGCGAUGAGCUGGAUGGCGGGGAGUGGAAGUUCUGUGAGGGACGCCCCCAGGGCCACGAACAAUUUGGGUUCUGCCAGCAGGGCACGGCCGCCGCCUUCUCCCCCGACAGCCACUACCUCCUCUUUGGGGCCCCGGGAACCUAUAACUGGAAGGGCACGGCCAGGGUGGAGCUCUGUGUGCAGGGCUCAGCGGACCUGGCACAUCUGGACGACGGGCCCUACGAGGCGGGGGGUGAGAAGGAGCAGGACCCCCGCCUCAUCCCGGUCCCUGCCAACAGCUACUUUGGGUUGCUCUUUGUGACCAACAUUGAUAGCUCAGACCCUGACCAGCUGGUGUAUAAAACUUUGGACCCUGCUGACCGGCUCCCAGGACCAGCCGGAGACUUGGCCCUGAAUAGCUACUUAGGUUUCUCCAUUGACUCGGGGAAGAGUCUGGUGCGAGCAGAGGAGCUGAGCUUUGUGGCAGGGGCCCCCCGUGCCAACCACAAGGGUGCUGUGGUCAUUCUGCGCAAAGACAGCGCCAGUCGCCUGGUGCCUGAAGUUAUGCUGUCCGGGGAGCGCCUGACCUCUGGCUUUGGCUACUCGCUGGCGGUGGCUGAUCUUAACAAUGACGGCUGGACAGAUCUGGUAGUGGGUGCCCCCUACUACUUUGAGCGCCAAGAAGAACUGGGGGGUGCCGUGUAUGUGUACAUGAACCAGGGGGGUCACUGGGCUGGGGUCUCCCCUCUCCGGCUCUGCGGCUCUCCUGACUCCAUGUUCGGGAUCAGUCUGGCUGUCCUGGGGGACCUCAACCAAGAUGGCUUCCCAGACCUUGCUGUAGGGGCUCCCUUCGACGGGGAUGGGAAAGUCUUUAUCUACCACGGGAGCAGCCUGGGGGUUGUCGUCAAACCUUCCCAGGUGCUGGAGGGCGAGGCUGUGGGCAUUAAGAGCUUUGGCUACUCUCUGUCGGGCGGCCUGGAUGUGGAUGGGAACCGCUACCCGGACCUGCUGGUGGGCUCCCUGGCCGACACUGCCGUGCUCUUCAGGGCCAGGCCCGUCCUCCACGUCUCCCACGAGGUCUCUAUUCUUCCAAGAAACAUCGACCUAGAACAGCCCAACUGCGCCAGUGGCCACUUGGUCUGCAUGGACCUCAGGGUCUGUUUCAGCUACAUUGCAUCGCCCAGCAGCUACAGCCCCGUUGUGGCCCUGGAUUACACGUUAGAUGGGGACACAGACCGGAGGCUCCGGGGCCAGGUGCCCCGUGUGACCUUCCUGAGCCGUGGCCCAGAUGACCCCAAGCACCAGGCCUCAGGCACCGUGUGGCUGAAACACCAGCAUGACCGAGUCUGUGGAGACACUAUGCUUCAGCUUCAGGAGAAUGUCAAAGACAAGCUUCGGGCCAUCGUGGUGACUCUGUCCUAUAGUCUCCAGACCCCUCGGCUCCGGCGACAGGCUCCUGGCCAGGGGCUGCCCCCCGUGGCCCCCAUCCUCAAUGCCCACCAGCCCAGCACCCAGCGGACAGAGAUCCACUUUCUGAAGCAAGGCUGUGGUGAAGACAAGGUGUGUCAGAGCAAUCUGCAGCUGGUCCACGCCCGGUUCUGCGCCCGUGUCAGCGACACGGAGUUUCAGCCUCUGCCCAUGGAUGCGGAUGGGACGACAGCCCUGUUUGCACUGAGUGGGCAGCCAGUCAUCGGCCUGGAGCUGAAGGUCACCAAUCUGCCUUCGGACCCAGCCCAGCCCCAGGCUGAUGGGGAUGACGCCCAUGAAGCCCAGCUCCUGGUCACCCUCCCUGCCUCUCUGCACUAUUCAGGAGUCCGGGCCCUGGACCCUGCGGAGAAGCCGCUGUGCCUGUCCAAUGAGAACGCCUCCCAUGUCGAGUGUGAGCUGGGGAACCCCAUGAAGAGAGGUGCCCAGGUCACCUUCUACCUCAUCCUUAGCACCUCAGGGAUCACCAUUGAGACCACAGAGCUGGAGGUGGAGCUGCUGUUGGCCACGAUCAGCGAGCAGGAGCUGCAGCCGGUCUCUGCCCGAGCCCGUGUCUUCAUCGAGCUGCCACUGUCCAUCACGGGGGUGGCCAUUCCCCAGCAGCUCUUCUUCUCUGGCGUGGUGCGGGGCGAGAGCGCCAUGCAAUCUGAGCGAGAUGUGGGCAGCAAGGUCAAGUAUGAGGUUACGGUCUCCAACCAAGGCCAGUCACUCAAUACCCUGGGCUCGGCCUUCCUCAACAUCAUGUGGCCCCACGAGAUUGCCAACGGGAAGUGGCUGCUGUACCCCAUGCGGGUGGAGCUGGAGGGCGGGCAGGGGCCGGGGCAGAGGGGACUCUGUUCCCCCAGGCCCAACAUCCUCCACCUGGAUGUGGACAGCAGGGACAGGAGGCGGCGGGAGCUGGGGCAGCCGGAGCCGCAGGAGCCUCAUGAGCAGCCGGAGCCCAGCACGUCCUGGUGGCCAGUGUCCUCUGCUGAGAAGAAGAAAAACGUCACCCUGGACUGCACCCGGGGCACGGCCAGCUGCGUGGUGUUCAGCUGCCCUCUCUACAGCUUUGACCGUGCAGCUGUGCUGCAUGUCUGGGGCCGCCUCUGGAACAGCACCUUCCUGGAGGAGUACUCGGCUGUGAAGUCCCUGGAAGUGAUUGUCCAAGCCAACAUCACCGUGAAGUCCUCCAUCAAGAACUUGCUGCUCAGAGAUGCCUCCACAGUGAUCCCAGUGAUGGUAUACCUGGACCCCGUGGCUGUGGUGGCAGAAGGAGUCCCCUGGUGGGUCAUCCUUCUGGCUGUACUGGCCGGGCUGCUGGUGCUGGCGCUGCUGGUGCUGCUCAUGUGGAAGAUGGGAUUCUUCAAGCGAGCGCGGUACCCCGAAGCCACUGUGCCCCAGUACCACGCGGUGAAGAUCCCACGGGAAGACCGGCAGCAGUUCAAGGAGGAGAAGACGGGCACCAUCCUGAGGAACAACUGGGGCAGCCCCCGGCGGGAGGGCCCCGAUGCACACCCCAUCCUGGCUGGGGAUGGGCACCCGGAGCUGGGCUCCGAUGGGCACCCUGUGCCAGGCACUGCCUAGCCUCCUCCUUCCCAGUCUGGCCCAUGGGUCCCCUGCACCCCUUCCCCAGAGAUGGCUCCUGGGGAUGAAGAGGGCAGGCUGGGUUGCUGGUGUCCCAUCAGGAUUUGGCAGGAUCUGUUUCCUCAGGGCCACAGGCCUCUCUCCCCGUGAGGACCACACCCCCCCGACCCCCAAACCUCCCCUUAGGAUGCUGUGAGAUGAGAGGGGGUAAAUCAGGGAUGGGUCGUGGGGGAGGGUGAGGAGGGCAGUGGUGUCCUGGUGCAAAAGUGGGGAGAAGGGACCCUAAUCCCUCCCUCUCCCAUUCACCCUGUAUAAUGAGACCCCAAGGACCUAUCUCCCUGAAAGUGCCUUAAGCCCAGAGGGUGGGGAGGAGGUUAUGUCGCUGACUCAGGGGCUCUUCCCUCCCUAGCUUCCCCUCGCCUCUGACCUUAGUUUGCCGCAUCAAUCAGUGGAUUUUGUCUAUUUAUUAAAAACUAUUUGAGGACAAAA